AUGAGCUCAUCACAAGGAGGAGGAGGCAAGAAGCGACCCCAUGAUGGUCCCGUUCAAGGCUCUAGCAAUAGUGGCAAUAGGCCCAACAAGCGAGCAAAGCAAGAGAUGCAAGUUCAACCAUCAAGCUCAAAUCGUAAUCAGUCGGGAUCAGCUAUGGCAGGAGCUCCUCGCAACAUUGAUGUCACUGCUUUUGCAGAGUCUCGAGCCUUUGAGAUCCGAACAAUGGAGCAAGCUCUCUCAAACGCAACAGAAUUCACUGGCAAGCAACGUGUGUACCAGACUUUACCUCGUCAUAUGCGUAGACGAGCAGCUUCACAUAACGUCAAGCGGUUGCCAAGACGUGUACAGCAACGUGCAAAAGCUGUGGAAGCGAAUGAAGCUCCUCGCAAAGAAAGAAAGCCAUCAAAGCGAAGGAAGAAGAUCGUCAAAUCUCGACAGGACGAAUAUAAACGUCGUCAAGUGACAAAACGAUGGCUUGAAACGCACAUUUGGCAUGCAAAACGGAUGAAGAUGAUUGAAAUAUGGGGUUAUAGAUUGGCCGAACAUCCAAAUGACAAGAGUCUGCGUUCAGCUUUCCGGGCAGGAAACACUCAAUGUGUUAUUCACGACGCGUCGUAUACCGGAACCAUCGAAUUGUCUGGAUCAUUAACUAAUAUCAAAGCUUUGCUUUUGCAUUUGAUUGAUCCGUCAACGGUUCCUGUUAGCUCAGCUAGAUAUACGAGUGGCAUACGCUCUGGAGAUUCAUUUCUACAUCGUGUCGACCAAUAUCCAUUUGGAGCACUCUGCCCAGUCAAAUUCUUGUGGAAACCAGACACCAAUGCCAAUGAGGCGACUUUGAGAACUCUUUGGCUGUUUGUACAUCCGUCAGCUUUCAACGAUGCUCUGGAGGAAGUCACUAUAGCUGUCUCUCAUGCUGAAGGCAUUGCUGUGAAACGAUUGGAUACAGAGCUUGUUCGAUUCGAGCUCAGUGGGCCUCGUUCUCACGCUAUAUUGCAACAAGUGUUGAAAAUCCCCUUGGACUUGAACCAAUCUGCUUCGGUUUUGCUAUGGAACGAUUUGCUUCAUUUGCGUACUCCAGUAUCGCUACCACCAUCAGUUGUUGUUGGGUUGGCGGUUGAUGAUCCUAGGCUCAGCUUUCCUCCUCGAAUGCCUUCUCGCACUGAUAUGGUACCCCUAUCUGCACAAGCCAAGAUUGAAUCUCAUUUGGUGAAUUGGCCAAAUAAUGUCCCCAUGUCUGAUAUUUGGGAUGAAUCUAUACGUCAACGUGUUGGUACGGAGAGAGCGUCAGAAGCAGAUUUGAAUACCAGAAGAUCACAGAACUUGAUCCCUGGAACCCGUCUGAAAUCAACCGAUCAAGAUGCUCUAAUUCCUAUACUUUUGAUUCAACGAUCGGCUGCCCAUCAGACUCAGGAAUCUGUAGCUUUGCAAUCAUCUCGUGGUUUGGCGGAUGGUUGGGACGUUAUUCUGCCCAAGGAAUGGGGUCAUGCUUUUUGGAAGUCGUUCAUCUUUGCCGGAGCUCGCGCUGGAGGUCUCCGCGAACGACACAAUGCACAUUUUGAAUCCGGAUUACCUCAUUUUCCAUACGAGUAUCCAGAAACGCACGCUGGACGAUCGUAUAGUAUGGGCAUACAGCUAAAGGAACAAGGGAAAUGGUCUCGACGACCGCCUGCAAAACGAGUAAAUUAUAGCAAACUCAAAGUACCAUCUCCCUUCCGUGCACCUUUUGAAACACUUGUCAAAUCACCUUUCGGAAAGGCGUCAUCUCUAAAAAAAAACGCUGUUGUUAUAGAGAAGGAAGAAGAACAAGACGUAGCUGAAGCAGUUUUGGAAGAGGUUGAUGCUGCUAUAAUGAUGGGUAUGGGGAUGGAAGUAGAUUUAAAUGCAGCUCUGAAUUCAGAUGAUGAUAAUAGUGUGCAGGAAGAUGAUGAAAUGGUUGAAGACGAAGCUUUUGAAGGAGAUGACAAACGAGAAGUCACAAACGAUGUCGAAGAAAUGGUAAAAGAUGAUGACACUGAGGAACUACCAGUCGAAGAAAUAUUCGAUAUCCAAGAUGAAUCUCCACUUCCAUUUUGGAUACCAUCCAGCAAACCGCUUUUACGUAAAAUCCAGACUGCUCUAGCGUCCUCACCAACUCUAGAAGCUCUCGAAACAGAACUGUCGAAUGCAAUCACUACCUUCCGUACAUCUCGUAAUUUAUCACCAAUUCCACCACCAUUACGCGUAUCUUCCAUCCUUCAAACCCCACCAUUGUUAUUGGAUUCGAUGCUAGUCCGUGUUCGAAUUGAUAUGAUGGGACAGGGUCAUCCAGUCGAUAAUGCUAUCUUGUUUAUGGCUAGUCAAGAGGAUUACACUUUUUGGAUGAAUGAAGCCAAGAAGCAAGAUUGGGAAAAGCAGCUUCUUGGAGGAAGUGGUGGUCGUGUGGAUAUGAUUCCAUCCGAUGCAGCCAUUGCAGGAUACAUCAUCACCGCUCACUUUUCGCUCUCUCAAGCUAAGGGAAUGGGGCUUGGAUGUUGUACCAUGAAGUCGCUUUGGCAGAUCAAACAAGACGUGAAAAAGUAG